AGGGCUCAUAGCCCAGACCACCCUUUCCCUGCAUCAUCUGCAAGGCACAUGCAUACCCUCAUUUCUUUCAGAAUGUGCAGUGGGCACCUAAGGGGUCUGUGUGCCAUGCCUCAUAUGUGCCAUACACUAUUUCCAUUUCAGUGAUGUUUGUGAUGGAUGGCGUUCAUCUGAUGCUGUACUGUGACUUAUAGAAGAGACAGAGGUGCAUAGGAGACCGUAGGAACACCGGGGAUGAUCAAGAAAAUCAGUUUUAGUGGAGCUUCUCUUGGAGACUUGGGAACAGAGGCUGGAAUACCAGCCACUAGUUUUAUACAGUACAAUCCCAUUUGUCUCAUGCCUGACUUCCAGAGUGAUUGAUUGCACACACCAUAACUCAUCUGGAGUUAUUGGAGAGCUGUGUGGGAUAAGGACUUUUGAGCUGGCUUGGAUGGCCAGGAAGAAUUCGUACACCAGGGGAAUCGGGGAGGUCAAGGUGCAGUGAUUGUGGGGCUUCCCUGAGGGUGCAUUUGUCCAAUAGCUGGGACAUACUGAAUUAAGGUAUCUGUGAUAAAACUAGAGUGUGACCCACCUCAUUCGCAGUAACCUCUCCCACCCCAUAAUUCUUGCUAUGAAAAUGCAGGAAGUUCUGCACGUUUCUUCCAUUUCACUGCUUUCCUACGUUUCCUUCCUAGUUUCAAAAAACAACUGUCCCUCAACAAGUUCUGUUUGCAAGGAAAACCUUAGCCGUUUGUCCAUUCUGGCGUACCUUCUUCCAUUGAGAUCCAUGCAGAAUAGACCAGAGAUGGGCAGCAGUGAGCCCCUUCCCAUCAUGGAUAGUGACAAGAGGAGGAAGAAGAAACGUAAGACCCGGGCCACUGACUCUCUGCCAGGAAAGUUUGAAGAUGUGUACAAGCUGACCUCUGAGUUGCUGGGAGAGGGAGCCUAUGCCAAAGUCCAGGGUGCUGUGAGCCUGCAGACUGGCAAAGAAUAUGCUGUCAAAAUCAUUGAGAAGCAAGCAGGGCACAGUCGGAGUCGGGUAUUCCGUGAAGUGGAGACACUCUAUCAGUGUCAAGGAAACAAGAACAUUUUGGAGCUGAUUGAAUUCUUUGAAGAUGACACACGGUUUUACUUGGUCUUUGAGAAAUUGCAAGGAGGCUCCAUCCUAGCACACAUUCAGAAGCGGAAGAACUUCAAUGAGCUGGAAGCCAGCAGAGUGGUGCAGGACGUUGCCACAGCCCUUGACUUCCUGCAUACUAAAGGCAUUGCUCACCGUGAUCUGAAGCCAGAAAAUAUACUGUGUGAAUCUCCAGAAAAGGUGUCUCCAGUGAAAAUCUGUGACUUUGACUUGGGCAGUGGGGUAAAACUGAAUAACUCCUGCACACCCAUAACCACACCAGAGCUGACCACUCCGUGCGGCUCUGCGGAAUACAUGGCACCUGAAGUGGUGGAGGUCUUUAGGGACGAGGCCACUUUCUAUGACAAGCGCUGUGACCUGUGGAGCCUGGGUGUGGUCCUCUACAUCAUGCUGAGUGGCUACCCCCCCUUUGUAGGUCACUGUGGGGCUGACUGUGGCUGGGACCGAGGAGAAGUAUGCAGGGUGUGCCAGAACAAGCUAUUUGAGAGCAUCCAGGAAGGCAAAUACGAGUUUCCCGACAAGGACUGGUCUCAUAUCUCCAACGAGGCCAAAGACCUCAUCUCUAAGCUUCUGGUUCGAGAUGCAAAGCAAAGACUCAGCGCUGCCCAAGUUCUGCAGCACCCGUGGGUACAAGGGCAAGCUCCAGAAAGGGGACUCCCCACGCCGCAAGUCCUCCAGAGAAACAGCAGCACCAUGGACCUGACGCUCUUUGCAGCUGAGGCAAUUGCCCUUAACCGCCAGCUGUCUCAGCAUGAAGAGAACGAACUGGCUGAGGAACCUGAGGCCCUUGCUGAGGGCCUCUGCUCCAUGAAGCUGUCCCCUCCUUCCAAGUCUCGCCUGGCACGAAGGCGAGCCCUGGCCCAGGCGGGGCGAAGCAGAGAUGCAAACCUAUGCUCAACACCCAUGGGGCUAUGAACGACUGCAGUCACAUCUUGUAGGCGUGUCCGAGCAAUGCCCCCUGGAAAUGUGUGAGGUCAAAGUAUGAAGCAAGCAGGGGGACCUGCCCUGCAGCUCCAGGCGGGCCUUUUCCAUCCACAAAGGCUCCAUGGGUUCCCACCCAUCCCCCAUUUCCCUUGGGUCCUUAGAGGAAAAAGCUUUUUCCAAAGGGGUUGUCUUUGAAAAGGAAAGCAAUCAUUUGUCACUUUGCAUAAUCGCCUGCAGCAUGAACAUCUCUUCGCUGGGCUCCAAGUGCUCCCAGUGUGCAGAUCCCGGAUCCAGCUGGUGGUGGGGGCUGCUGGGGCUGCAGCCUUCAGGGACCGGGCUUCCAGGAGCUGACAGAGGCUGCCAACACACAAGCCUCUUCUCUGCCGGCACUGUCACCUUCUACUGAUCCACCUUCCUCUGUCCUACAGACGUCCUCGCUGCCUGUCCUCUCCCUGGCCGAGCAAAGCCAUCCCCUCAAUUCAGGAAGGGCAGGGAGCCAGACAAGUCUUCCAGUCUGUAGCACAGAGAAGCACAUAAUCUUUCUUUGCCAUGACCGAAAUGUAUUCCUCAUUUAUCAUCCUCUUCUGUGUUUGGGAUUGCUGCUAGACUCAGUAUUAUUUCUCUUUUUAAAAAUAUGUUUGCUUUUUUAACCAUGUUCUUCCAGCAAGCAUAGAACUUCAAACUCCCACUGCAAGUCCAUGAACUUCCCCAAGCAGGGUCUCCACAUGCUUGAGUUUUAAUCCCCUCCUCUCCACAGUCCCAACUGAUUUUAAGCUGUUACCAUGACGAACUCUUUAGAGAUGGUGUCCUCGUCUGCUGCUGCCUUCUCCCAGGUCUUCUGUGGAAACAGGUGCAAACCCAGGGCAGUUAGCCUGUUUGCCUGAGAUGAAGCUAGGUCACAGGCAGCCCUGCUGCCCUGCUCUGAGGGAUGCUGUGCCCUCUGCCCCUUACAUGGAAGUGCAGCCAUUGUCAGAUGUGCUGUGGGGUCAUGUAAAGAAAACAGAUUUGCAUACGUGAUAUACAUAUUAGUCAACCACAAUCACCAAAAUUCUCUCUUACUUUGUGUUUGUUUUAAUAAAUAAUUUAAAAUUC